AUGCCAAAUAUCAAGGACAAGAAGAGGUCAAAUGUCAAAAUGGGACACCAGUUAAAGGGCCCAUUUAAUCAUUUGAAACAUAUGCAGAAGAGAUGUUUAGGGUCCAAGGAAAAUGACCAGAGAGUUGCAUCACCUAAAACACAGCAUCCAAAUUCUACAUUGGUGUCAAAUCGCAAUCUUCAACAUCAGAUCAUGGCAAGGAAUAGAGAAGACCGAGCAAUAAAAAGACCUCGCUGCCCAUCAGAAUUACUGGCCAUCAGCCUUGAUGAGAAGUCAGUUGUUGCCUAUGCUGGUGCUAAGUUUAGUGAUCCACCAUCACCCAAAGUACUUCCUAAACCACCAUCUCAUUGGAUGCCAGGCAGUGCCAGUCCUGAACCAACUAAGUGUGAUGAUAUGACUUGUCACUUGAAAAUGUUACUCAAAGUUCAAGUGCAAGCAUAG